AUGGCCGCUCAAAGCUCUCAAUUUCAAGAAGAGACUCGAAGUAAUUUAAAAAACACAGGUGCUUCAAUUAAGAAUCUUGAAAUACAGAUGAGUCAGAUAGCCCAACAACUAGCGGGUUCUCAACAACAGGGCGUUUUACCAAGUUCUACGGUUACUAAUCCAAGAGAAAAUAAUCAUGUGAAUGCGGUGACCACAAGGAAUGGUAAGUCGAAAGAAGUACCUGAGAAGAGUUCUGAAGAAGAAGACUUAUUGCUUGAAGUUGAUCUAGAGAUAAAAGAAAAUGAGGUUGCAAAUGAAGAGGUUACUAGUGAUGAAAGAGUGGUCAAAGAUAAAGUUAUUGAUCCAAAACCGGCCGUCAAACUGCCAUUCCCAACAAGAAAUAAGAAGAAAGGGCAGCAUGAGAAAAACUUUGAGAAGUUCUUGGAGAUGUUUAAAAAGCUUGAGCUAAACAUUCCGUUCUUGGAGGCGCUUGAGAAAAUGCCUACCUACACAAAGUUCAUGAAAGACAUCAUCUCGAAGAAGCGGGCCAUAGAGACUAACCCAAUUAUUCUAACGGAAACUUGUAGUGCCAUUUUGCAGGGUAUGAAGGUUCCGGUGAAAAAGAAGGAUCAAGGUUCUGUGACUAUUCUGUGUACCAUUGGAGAUAGAUCCUUCAAGAAAGCUCUAAUUGAUUUGGGAGCGAGUGUAAGUCUUAUGCCGCUAUCCAUCUAUAAGAGAUUGGGAAUAGGUAACGUUCAAGAUACAAGAAUGACACUCCAGUUUGCUGACCACUCUGUGAAUAGACCUUUUGGGAUAGUAGAAGAUGUGCUAGUAAAGAUCGACAAGUUUGUGUUUGCGGUGGAUUUUGUCAUUUUGGAAAUGCCGAAAGAUGAAGAGAUACCAAUCAUUUUGGGGAGACCAUUUUUAGAGACCGGGAGAUGUUUGAUCGACAUAGAAGAAGGCACGAUGACUUUGAAAGUGUAUGAUGAAGAGUUAAAAAUUGAUGUGCGAAACACCAUGAAAUACAAGGAUGAGGUUGCCACUAGUCAACAUAUUGAGACAAUUGAUUAA